AUGUUCCGUGCUCUUCUCACCAAGCCUCUCAUUUUCAAGUCGGCAGCUACCUCCUUCAUCCAAAGGCCUUCAUUCAUCGCUAGACACUACUCAGUUGCUGCUCAAGGCUCUUUCUUAUCGAGAGAUGAAGUUACCGAACGUAUCGUCAACGUUCUUAAAAAGCACGAAAAGGUAGACCCAACAAAGGUUUCUGCUACUUCUCAUUUCGUAAAUGAUUUAGGUUUGGAUUCAUUGGAUUCGACUGAAGUAGUCAUGGAAGUUGAAAAUGAAUUUGGAAUUGAAAUUCCUGACGAGGAAGCAUUCAAGUUACAAAGUGUGGAGGAUUGUAUUAAAUACAUCAGCUCUAAUCCCAUGGCUAAAUAA